GCAGGCGUGAGGAGCGCGCCGGCGGCGGGGCCGCGCCGGGACCCCAGCCCCCCAAAGUUUGGCAAGUUCGGGCGUGAGCGCUCCCGGCGGCGCGGGGCGCGGGGCGCGGCCGGGGCGGAGCCGCCCCCUGACGCCGGGCCGCCCCUCCCGGCUCCGGCCGGCGGCGCUGGCUCGGCUCAAAGUUUGCGGCCGCCUCUGCGCCCGCCGAUGUAUGGGUGAUCGACUGCGGCGGUGUCAGGGUGAGGGACGGCCAUAUUUGCCGGUGCGGCCCCAGCCGUCAACAACAAAAAGUGCGCGGGCGCUCGGCGGGCGCUCGGACGGGCGCGGGGCCGCCGGGGCCGCCGUGUCGCCUCCCGGUCUCGCCGCCGCCGCCGCCCUCGCGGCCUGGCCCGGCUGUGCCCGGCGCGUCCGCCGCCCGGGGGGAUGUCUUACAAACCGAACUUGGCCGCGCACAUGCCCGCCGCCGCCCUCAACGCCGCUGGGAGUGUCCACUCACCUUCCACCAGCAUGGCUACAUCCUCCCAGUACCGCCAGCUGCUGAGUGACUAUGGGCCCCCGUCUUUGGGCUACACCCAGGGAACUGGGAACAGCCAGGUGCCCCAGAGCAAGUACGCAGAACUGCUGGCCAUCAUCGAGGAGCUGGGCAAAGAGAUCAGACCCACCUACGCUGGCAGCAAGAGCGCCAUGGAGAGACUGAAGCGAGGCAUCAUUCAUGCACGAGGACUGGUCCGGGAGUGCUUGGCUGAGACGGAACGGAACGCCCGCUCCUAGCCGCUGGUCAGCUGCAAGAUGAGCGGGCACAGUUCACCCCUGUGCGGAUGACACGCGUGGUCUCAAUGGUAACCUUUGGUCUUCCUCCCACGGUUCACUAGGCUCUGAACUUGCCGUCUCCAGGACCGAGAAUUUCUGCAGUUAGAAGCACCCAGGUCCCUGGCCCGCCCUCCCCACGCCCGGCACUGGCUAGCAGGUGCAUGGCGUCACCUGGAUACUGUCUCCCUUCAUCUUGUUUUGAAUGUUUCUGUUACCUGAGUCCCUCAUUGUUCCUUUCGGAAGUUAAUACAGCUCUGAGCGUCUUUGGAUGCUUCCCCUGUACCAUGUAGAUCUGCUUCAUGUAACUGCAUUUUUUGUUUGUUUGUGUGUGUGUGAGCAUUUGCAUGACUAUUAGCGCACAGGUUAUAAAUACAGAGGAGCGACAAGCCCGCCCGGAGCCCGAGCCUGUGGAGUUUCUGUUCAGGCUUUCCUUCCAAGUUGAGAGAGCAUCUGGAAGAAAAUGACUAAAACCGUUUACAUCUUUGUAUUUAUUACUUGAUGUAAUAAAGCUUAUUUUCAUUAACA